AUGCGACCAGCGUGCAUUGCAACCGUCCUGCUCGUCUGCCUCACGACUCGCGUGCUGUCGAUGAACGUCUUGAUUGUCGAAGCCGAUGGCUACUUUGAUGGCCACAAGCGCGUGCGCGUGCCUAAGGACGCGUCCAUCGAAGCCAUCAUGUCUGCCAUCCACGCCCUCUUGCCGCCGUCUGCGCCCACGUCCAUGGCCAUCUUCGAUGCCACUGCCAACACCUUUGUACCAUUGACCACCGCAGCGCAAGUCAAGACCCAUGCGCGCAUCCUGUUGCCGCGCCGGCCAUCGGGCCCGGUCGCAGCAAUCGCGAGUCGCGGCUUCAACUUUGCGUUCGACAAGGGCGAGAUGACAAUCCACGGUGAGCCGGUGCUCAUUGGUGAGGUCGGCAACACGGGCCAAGGCACGGGUUUGACGAUCUGGGACGGCUCGGUGGUCUUGGCCAAGUACCUCGAGCCGCAGCCGCGAGGUAGCCCCCACAGUGUCGCUGGGCGCCGCGUCAUCGAGCUUGGCGCAGGCACGGGCCUUGUCGGGCUGGCCGCGGCCUUUUGCGGUGCCGACGACGUGCUCCUGACGGACCUUGCGUACACGCUGGCCAAUACCAACCACAACAUUGCCCUCAACGAGCCGCGGCUGCGCAGCUUGUACCCGACCCAAACGGUGCGGGCUGCAGAGCUCGACUGGUUCAGUCGCGACUUCCCGUCGUCGUUGCAGCUCGACGCGGUCGACGUGAUCGUAGGUUCAGACAUUGUGUGGGUUGAGACAUUGAUUCCCGCCCUGGUUGCAACCAUUGAGCGACUCUUGCGCUGGCCACUGACGCCAGGGCGCGGCAAAAAGAACCGACUCAUGCUGCUGUCGCACCAAACGCGAAGCACAGCGUCCGACGAAAUGCUCUUCCGACUCCUUGGUCACGCCGGUCUCUCGGUGCGGCGCCUUCUCGACGACAAAGACGACGCGCCGCGCGUCGCGGCCAUGUACCCGGACGAGAGCAUGGCCCAGAAGAUCCGUUUGUUCGAGAUCCAAGACGUCCAGCACGAAGACUCAGCUGCUACUACGAUCUAGUCGUCCUCUAUCACUUGUAAAACGUAAAGUCGUGCCCGUAUACGACGACACAUCGAACAUCACUGCAGUGGCGAAUUGCG